AUGAACAUACACGCCCUCCGCCGAUGUCCACAGCUUCGACGCGCUUAUGCAACACAACCACCCCUUCCGGAGCUCGCAAAGGUUGCUCGGACAGCAUCCACCCCGCUCGCUGUACGCCUGCGCCGACGCAAGCAAUUCGGUGCGACCCUCGAAGGCGCCUCUGACGCCACCAAGGAUGGCCUCACACCCACCGAGCAAGCACGAUACACGCGGCUAAAGGCUCAGGGGCUCCUCCGCUCGGAGGACGGGAAGGUGCCCACAGAGGCGGAGUGGUUGGAGCAGGUGAACGUACGCCGGUCGCGUGUGCGCGGUUUCCGCCGGAUGGACAAGGAAGGGUCCGCGUCUGCGACGACGCAGGUCCUCGGUCGGAGGGUGUAUCUGCCAAAUAUUGUCAUGCGGCUCGUGAGGAACCACACCCCACCUGGGCAGCCAUACAACCCCUACGAAGCCACGUUCCGUAUCCCCCAGUCUGUCACGAAGACCGAUGUCCGGUCGCUGCUGCAAGCCGUCUAUGGCGUCAAGACUACGUACAUCCGCACCGACAACUAUAUCUCCCCAUGGUAUCGUACGGCGCAAGGUUUCCAACGUCGGUCGUACAAAACCUACAAGCGAGCCGUCGUUGGCUUGGUCGACCCCUUCUACUAUCCGCUCAGGUUGGAAGACAUGGAGCCCGAGAAGAGGAAGGAGAGGGAAGAGUGGUUGGAGAAGAAUUUCAACAUCCAACAUGCACGUAACCUGCGCAAGCAAGAGCUCCUACGCAUGACCAUGGGCGAAGGCAAGGCGUCCUUCAAGCUUAACGCGCCAUACGCUACGAAGAGGUCGCACAUCAUCCGUAUUGUUAACGAGCGCAGGGCACAGCGCGAGACCAUGGUCUCCAACGCUGUUGAAGAGAUUCGCUCCCUGAGAGAGAAGGGCGAAGAGGUUGACUACGAGAAGAUCAAGCCGAGCAUUCGCAAGGGUCUACUGCCUCCCAAAAAACCCGCUGAUACCUCUAGCUCAAGCAGCGUAUAA